AUGGCCGUUUCAAUCGGAACCUCGCUAGUCGUGACGUUUUUGGUCCACUUCAAGGGCGCAAUGCCUCCAGAGCGUUUGCACAUAUCUAUUUUACUGCCAGUUGUUGCCCAAAACGUUGUCGCGACGGCCGGGGGUGUGUUGUACGAAACAAUGCACCCAAACUUACAAACAUUCAAUUUAAUUGCAGCUUUUCUUUGCUGGGCCAAUGGGAUGGCACUCACGGGAUGGAUCAUUGCCUUAUACUUAUGGAAACUGUACACGCAUAAAAUCGACCUUGGCUACAAUAGUGGUUUCGCUGCGUUCAUACCUAUUGGUGCAUUUGGACAGGGGGCAUUCGCAAUAUUGCUUAUUACAGACUCAUUUACGAGCUACGUGACACAACAUAAUCCCAAUUUUCUUAAGACCACCGAUCCAUAUGGCACAUCGCUGCCAGACCUGGCAAUGGUAGUCGGUGAGGGUGUGCGCUACCUAGGCUUUUUCAUGGCUCUAUUUCUAUUGUCAAAUGGGUUUUACUUCACACUACACGCUAUUCUUUGUCUCAUAGCGAGAAAUUGCCGAGGCUACACGAGUGCAUGGUGGUCAGCCUCGUUCCCACUUGGUGCAAUGGCUCUUGGGUGCCGCGAAGUAUGGGCACUAUUUGACUUAGGGGCGUUCCGGAUUCUCAGUGGUAUAUACGGGGUUUCUCUUAUUAUAGUUACCCUCAUGAGUCUAUGCGGAACAGCACUGUUCGAUUUUCCUCAUGAAGAUAUUUGGCGCCCGCGAAGUGUCAUUUUAUCCAAAGUUGAAGCACUAGAAGAAGGAUCAAAUGAGACUCAAUGA